AUGGCGGGGUCGUCAUUAGUGAGUUCCUGCAAAAUAACGGGUGAGGGCUACGGCUGCUCGACAUCUGAGGAUGGGGCGACCGAGGUGGGAGCAAGAGCAUCGAAGGGGCUGGACAUGAGGAAGUCGAGCUGCGACGGAUCGUCAACCUUCAACUUUGAGCGGCUCCGCUCCUACGAAGACCCAUUCUACGACAUAGUACUCGGCAAAAGAUCCUAUCCUAUCAGGAGAGUCGUCCUGCCGGUCACGUUCGGCACCCCCGACAACUACCGCACUGAGCACCUUACCUUUGAGGUUGCCAACUUCAAGACCUCCUACCAUGCCAUCAUUGGCAGGCCAAUGCUGGCGAGGUUCAUGGUGAUUCCCAACCAUACUUACCUCGUCCUCAAGAUGUUGGCUCCAAACGGCGUCAUCUCCAUCUUCGGCAAUGUUGAAAUGUCCUACAAGUGCGACACGGAAGCGGUGCAGCUCGCCGAGACCCUGGAGUACUCGGCCAACACCACCAUGAUGCUCGCCGAGUCCAAGAAGGUGGACCAAAGUCAUCUGACGAUCCUAGAGGUGGACCCAAUGUCCAUGGCGCUACAGCCUGACUUGCAAGUUAAGAAGAUCAGCCUUGGCCUGGAAGAUCCCUCCAAGACGGCUCUCAUCAGGGCUGGCCUCACCCCCAAAUAG